AUGGUCGAUACCCCAUUGCUAGCUGCAUUGCAUCCCUCUGGCUGGCUCCGAGGGCAGAGGAUGGGUUUGAAUAGAUCGAUGGGUUGCACGAUACCUUGCUUCUUGAUCUUUCUUGCUGCAAGUCUACUACAUGUACAUGUGCACUCCGAUGCUGAUUCCUUAGACGAAGGAUUCAUCAGCAUAGACUGCGGGCUUCCAGGUGGAUCCAGCUACCUGGACGAGAAAACAGGUUUCAACUACACUUCAGACGAUGGGUACAUAAACACCGGAGAGAACCACAACAUCUCUGUAGAAUACAAUGCUCUUGAACUGCUCAGGUCAAGUUUGAACCUCAGAAGCUUUCCCAAUGGAGGCCGGAACUGCUACACCUUGUCUCCUGCCACGACAGGCCUCAAGUACCUCGUGAGAGCAACGUUCUUGCACGGGAAUUAUGAUGGUAAGGAGCGUGACCUCGUCAGGUUGCCACUGGUGUUUGAUCUCUACAUGGGGCUCCAUUUCUGGGACCGGAUCAGCGUCAGCAGCACUACAACGAUGUACGUCGCGGAGGCAAUCUUUGUGGCUGAGGUAAGCUCAAUAUCCGUUUGCUUGAUAGACAUUGGCAGUGGGACUGCCUUUGUGUCGUCACUGGAGAUGAGGCAGAUGAAGAGCUCAUUGUACCCAGUAGCCUUGCAAAAUCAGUCCAUCGCGCUCCAGGAACGGCGUAGCCUUGGUGCAAGCAGCCUAGUCAGGUAUCCGGAUGAUCCCUACGAUCGUUUGUGGUGGCCAUCAAACGGUACCUCACGGUGGCUGAAUCUAUCGACAACAAGUGAAAUUAAACAUUAUUUAACUGAUGAAGUUGAGGUACCAAUUAGAGUGCUCCAAACUGCCGUCACCUCGCCUACCACCUCCAUCCCUCUCAACUUGUCGUGGACAGUUCCUUCUGCCUGGCUGGCCAUGGCACCGCCUGGGUACUACCUCAAUUUGUAUUAUACUGAUUUCCAGAAUCAACACAAACGGGAAUUUGAUAUAUACUACAAUGGCUUCCUGUGGGAGGCAAAUAAUCGGCCAGUCAGCCCAGUCUAUCUCUUUGCAGACUAUACAACUGCCACCACUAUAGUCACUGAUGCCAGCGGUUUCUACAAUGUCUGCAUCAUCGCUACCAACACCUCUGUGCUCCCUCCCAUACUAAGUGCAUACGAGAUAUACUACCUCAUCCAGCAUGAUGAUACUGCAACCGAUACACAAGAUGUUGAAGCAAUGAUGAAUAUCAAAAGUGAAUACCAAGUCGAGAAGAACUGGAUGGGUGACCCAUGUUUACCCGAAAAAUAUACAUGGAUUGGAUUGACAUGUAGAAGUGAUGGAGUGACAUCAAGAGUAAAAACUUUGGACAUGUCCAACAGUGAUUUGCAAGGUGCAAUAUCUGAACAAUUUUCUUUUUUGAAAUGA